GCCUGCUGCAUGGGGCUGGCUGGCUGGCUAGAAAGGGAGAGAGAGGGAGGGAGGGAGUGAAGUGAGUGAGGAAAGGGAGGGACAGACAGACAGACAGACUCACUCACCCGCCCGCAGUGGGGGGAGCCCCUUAGCUGGCACCACCAGGCCGUUUCCAGCGGAGCCCAAAGUUUUGCCUUCGGAGAGAUCAGGAGCAACAGCAGCCUUUUGCUUAGGAGCUGCGUGCUGACGGUGGCGAUCACACAGUUGCAGAGCUUUUUCUACCGCAUUCUGCGGACUGUUUAUCUGAGUGAAUCCUUCUUGUGAAUAUGCUGGAGAUGAAAAGGAGUAAAUCCCUUGCAAGACUUUCCCAGCCAGAAUGAGAAUACAUAAUGUACACAACUAAAACGGCUAACCCCUUCUGAAACAUGGCGCAGUGACAAUCGGUGACAGAAAAGUGAGGACAGCCAGGGUAAGAAGAGUGACCUUUUUGGUUGGCUGUAGCUGAAGAUUGCUUGACAGAAGCCACUAAAAAGAAGGGAGAGAGCACUCCUGCAAGACGGCUAGCACAGUAAUAGAGCAUCUGAUGGCUAGAAAAUUCUGUGUGGAUCAAACAAGGACUUUAAAUGUCUAGGACAAAAGGAUAGGGCUAUGAACAAGGUUUUUGAGUCAUGAUGCAAGAAUCUGGGACUGAGACAAAAAGUAACGGUUCAGCCAUUCAGAAUGGAGCGAGUGCUGGCAACCACUUACUAGAGUGCAGCUUACGAGAAGUGAGAUCAAACGGAGAGACACCUUCAGUGGAAAUUGGCGCUGCAGAUCUAGCCCAUCUUCAGCAACAGCAGGCUCUUCAGGUAGCAAGGCAGCUUCUGUUACAGCAGCAGCAACAACAACAUCAACAACAAGUUAGUGGACUAAAGUCUCCUAAGAGGAAUGACAAACAGCCAGCCCUUCAGGUUCCAGUGUCAGUGGCUAUGAUGACACCUCAAGUUAUCACUCCCCAGCAGAUGCAGCAGAUUCUCCAGCAGCAAGUGCUAACUCCACAGCAACUUCAGGUCCUGCUCCAGCAGCAGCAGGCACUCAUGCUUCAACAGCAGCAGCUUCAAGAAUUUUAUAAAAAACAACAGGAACAGUUGCAGCUUCAACUUCUACAGCAGCAACAUGUUGGAAAGCAGCCUAAAGAGCCACAGCAGCAACAGGUGACUUCACAGCAGCUGGCGUUUCAGCAGCAGCUUUUACAGAUGCAACAGCUACAGCAGCAGCACCUCCUGUCUUUGCAACGCCAAGGUCUGCUAACAAUUCAACCUGGCCAGCCCACAUUGCCAUUGCAGCCUCUUGCGCAAGGCAUGAUUCCAACUGAACUGCAGCAACUCUGGAAAGAAGUGACUGGUUCUCACACAGCAGAGGAAGCGGCAAGCAACAACCACAGCAGCUUGGACUUGUCAACAACAUGUAUCUCCUCCUCAGCGUCUUCUAAGACCUCCUUAAUAAUAAACCCACAUGCCUCAACAAAUGGACAACUAUCAGUCCACACUCCUAAAAGGGAGAGUUUAUCCCACGAAGAGCACUCUCAUAGCCAUCCACUUUAUGGGCAUGGAGUAUGCAAAUGGCCAGGCUGUGAAGCCGUAUGUGAAGAUUUCCAGUCUUUUCUAAAACAUCUCAACAGUGAGCAUGCGCUGGAUGAUAGAAGUACAGCCCAAUGUAGAGUACAAAUGCAGGUUGUACAACAGUUAGAGCUGCAGCUUGCAAAAGACAAAGAGCGCCUGCAAGCUAUGAUGACACACCUGCAUGUGAAGUCAACUGAACCAAAAGUUACCCCUCAGCCUCUGAAUCUUGUAUCUAGUGUCACACUUUCAAAGACUGCAUCAGAGGCAUCUCCGCAGAGCUUACCUCAUACCCCCACCACCCCAACAGCACCCAUCACUCCUGUUACCCAGGGACCUUCUGUCAUCACUACUACCAGCAUGCACAACGUUGGGCCUAUCCGAAGGCGGUACUCUGACAAAUACAACAUGCCCAUCUCUUCAGCAGAUCUUGCACAGAACCAAGAAUUCUACAAGAAUGCAGAAGUUAGGCCGCCCUUUACAUAUGCAUCCUUAAUUAGACAGGCCAUUCUUGAAUCUCCAGAAAAGCAGCUAACACUAAAUGAAAUCUACAACUGGUUCACACGAAUGUUUGCCUACUUCAGACGCAAUGCAGCAACGUGGAAGAAUGCAGUGCGUCAUAAUCUUAGUCUUCACAAGUGUUUUGUGCGAGUAGAAAACGUUAAAGGGGCAGUAUGGACAGUGGAUGAAAUAGAGUUCCAAAAACGAAGGCCACAAAAGAUCAGUGGAAACCCUUCACUUAUUAAAAACAUGCAGACCAGCCACACCUACUGCUCACCUCUCAAUGCUGCUUUACAGGCUUCAAUGGCUGAGAACAGUAUACCUCUGUACACUACUGCUUCCAUGGGAACCCCCACUCUGGGCAGUUUAGCCAGUGUUUUGCGGGAAGAUCUUAAUGGUGCAAUGGAGCAUGCGAACAGUAAUGGGAGUGACAGCAGUCCAGGACGUUCCCCUAUGCAAGCAAUGCACCCCGUGCAUGUCAAAGAAGAACCAUUAGAUCCAGAUGAAAAUGAAGGCCCACUAUCCUUAGUGACAACAGCCAAUCACAGUCCAGAGUUUGAUCACGACAGAGAUUAUGAAGAUGAAAAUGUAAAUGAGGACAUUGAAUGAAUAUGUCUGUGGUUGUGAUCCUGCAUAUGAAGAUCACAGGGAGGGAGGAAAAAACAUAUACUUCAAAUUAGCUGUGAAAUCUCUCCCCAUUAUUGUACAGUCUGGAGGAUAUACUUGGUCCAUUUUGACAGCUAUAAAAUAUGUUAACUCUUAGUGCCAUCAAGUAUCCCAUUUGGGAGUAUUUUUGAUUUUUCUACUUUUUGUUGAAAAAAACAAAACAAAGGAAUUUGUACUCUGUGCAUUGGAUGGACUUGUUUGGUACUUGGGAUUCCCUCUCACAGUCAACAUCAGUGUUGUAAAUUUGUUCAACCAAUUCACUUAUCCACAAUUUGGCAGCAGACUUUGGACUGCAAUUCUUCCAAUUUGGGACACUGAAGACAUCAAGCUGAGCAUGUACACAUAAAUUGCAGAUCAAGCCUUUGCCCAGAUUUAAGGAUUCCAAUGGACAACAUAUUUGCACAGUAUCGCAUGUUGAUUAUCACUGCCUUUACUUUUUUUGUUUUUUUUGUUUCCAUUUGGGAUGGGGAAGUCUUUUUUGUGUGCGAGAGCGUGUGUGUGUGUAUCUGUGUAUGUACACUGAAGAGGGGUUAAAAGAAAAUUCUCCCUUUUUUUUUUUUUUAAAGAGUAUAGCAUUGAUUUCCCCCAAACUUCUACAGCAUUUUAAGUUCUGACCUCAGGCCUCAACUGGCCAGGGCCUUUUGAGGCUUAAUGUUUUCUGUACUUUUGUGAUGAAUGUUAAUAGGUGUGUUUAUUAUACAAAGCUGAAUGUCCUUUGAAUUGUUUGUAGUUCUUUUUCUGCCAUUCAUUCCAGUUUUCUUCAGAUGCCAUCAUGUUUUCUUUAGCUAUGGAAAACAUUCCAUUUUGGGCUAUAUGUCCCCCCUGCCCUUGGAAAAGGUUCUUAAAUUGCUGCUGUAACCUGUGCAAAGUUACCUUCCAACAGAAAAAAGGCAGUACUGCAAGAGUGAGAAUGAAAGGCAAACCAGCAUAGAAAUGAUGUAGGAUGUGGUUCAAAAUUCACUCCACAGAGCAGUAUAUCAUCAUUGUUUGGAGUUUUCCCCCUGGAUUCCCACCCAGCCACCCCUGGUUUGUUUUUGCAGUAAUGGUAAAAAUUUAGAAACACAAAAUAUAACAGCACCAAUAAUAAUAAUAAUAAUAUCAUCCCCUACCCAAUGGAAUUUAUGUGAAAAAAGAAUAUCACAAUGUAAGGCUCUUAGCUUUUUAAUAUGAGUUUCUGAGCUUAUCAAAUGCUUUUGAAAUACCUAAAACACCAACGUGUGUACCUAUAUGUGUAGUUGAUUCAUAAUUGGAAAUAGGUAUUAUAGAGCAUUCUACAUGAUGAUUUUUCCAAGUUAAAGGGUUGAGGUUUGAUUGGUGGUAUCCAUCAUUUGAAUAUAAUUUAGGUUUUGAAUUCAACUUGUUGGGAAGUCAGUAAGACCACUAGUCAUAAAGUGUAAAUAAUUUUAACUGGACAAAUUCUCUUACUGCAGUUAAGAUCAUUACACAAUGUCUCACACCAACCAGUAUCAAAACCUAACCAUUUGAAACCUGUGGGUGAAUUAGCACUGUUGCAAGUCGCAGUGUUCUUCAGAGCAAAUGUGAGCAGAUAGCUGCUGUUAAAAUGUCGGUACCCCUCUAUCACUGGACAUCUAAACACUUUCAUUCGCCAACCACUUCUCUGUAACUCACUUAUUUAUGUUGGACUAUAGCUUUUUAAUUUCAAAAGCCUUUCAGAUUUUAAUUUAUAUUCUACUUUGUACCCUUCCCCCCUAAAGUUACCAAAGAUAUUACACAAAGGUAAAUUAUGUUCUCUGUUAUAUGCUUUAUCGUAUGAAGCCAAAUAUCCUCUUAUUGUUGAUCAAAGGAGGUGAAAGAAUUUAGAAGCAAAUGUCAAGAUACGGGCUACGGCUAACCUGAGAAGGAAAACUGCUCCUUUAUUAGAGUAUAAUUUAGAAGACCAAGUAGAUGGCUGAACCAAAGUUGUUUUUGUUGUUGUUUUAAUUUGUGUUUCUUUACAGUGACCAAAUGAAUUUCUGUAAAGAGAGAGCUUGGCUACAGAUAGGGAACAGUAUUAAGUGAAGGGAGCAUAUAAGGGCAGCACUUCAUCUUGAGAAAGUAGGAGGAUCGUCCGUUUUGCAAAAAUAAAUAAAUCAGAGUAUCCUGUCAAGGAGGUAGUUCCAUAAUAUAAAGAAGAGCUCUCACCACUUAAACUGAUCCAUUGAAUCGUAUCACAAGAAAUUAUUUUUUAUGCUUUCGUUUGGUAUUUGGCUUUACAAAUCCUGUCCACUUUUGUUAAAAGCUGAUGUCAGGAAAAAAAUCUUUUCAAUUUGGCUUAUCUGUGCACAAGAUUUUAGAAUGAUUGUGAUUGUUGUUGCGUUGGGGUGUUUUCUCCUUUGAUUUUUGGUCAGCAUCUUUCAUAUAGAAUAACACUCCGAUCCCCUUAUAAGCUUUGGUACCAUUCAAGUCAAUGGGAGAUUUGCCAUUAACGUCAAUUGGAUACAUUAUUAUUAUUUUAUUUUGCUGACAGUGAAAUAUAUAAAAAGCUCAACAUGUUUUUCCCUAAUUUUGUUUUUUAAGGAGGGCAGUUUGUGGUCAUUUGAAACAUUUUGAAACAAUCUGUAUUCAGGCAGCUCCAUGACGUGUGGGAGAUAGCCAGAUGAGUUCAGAAGAAGCUAUCUAUCCCUGUGCUUCAGAACUGAGUGGUUUUGCUGGUUAGCUUGGUAUUCAAAAAGGGGAUAAAAACCUGGUAGAUUAGUUCAUUCUCAGCAUGUGUAGCUAGACAUGAGUAAAGAUAACAGCAUGAGAAACUGUUAGUACGCAUACCUCAGUUCAAACUGUUAGGGAAUGAGUAAAUAAAAAAAAUUAAAACUACAUUUCACUCAGUUGCACUUAGUUGUAUGUCUUGCAUGCAUAGUCUAAAGACUGUAGCAAAAUAAUAAAAGAGAAAAGGAAAUAAAAAAAUUAGACUUACCAUUACUUGCAGGUAUCGCUGCCCUGCAGAAGAACCAAGAGAAAAAAUCUCAGGCUUUACAUCAAGCAAACUUCGCUAUUUUUUACCAAUUUCUGAUUCUGUGUCCCUUUGGAUAAUAACAAUUGUUCCUAUAGGGUGGGGUUUAUUAUGUUGUACAUAUAUAGCCCAAUGUGUCUCUGUGAUCCUUUUUGUCUUAGGGGGGUGGGGGGGUGGCAGGGGGAGGAAAUGGGUGGGAGGGAGAAGGUCCUUUUUUUUAAAAAAAAAAAACAUUCCUAAAAAGGAAUAAGUGCAUACCUGUUUGUCAAAACACCUUUUGCUUUUUGUGCAACUGCUUUAUAUUAACUAUACUUUUAAAAAAUGCUUUGAAAAAAAUCCUACUGUAUGUAAUGGAAUUGCAGAAUAUGCUGCACAUGUAUUUUAUUUAGUUAUCCUUGCUUUAAGACUAUUGGAUGACAUUUGCUGACAUGUGGGAGAAAAUCCCAAACUCUUUGUUUUGGUUUUGGCAGGUGUUUCUUUUUUUUUUGGCUUCUAAAAUGUAACAUAGUUGACAGACUAUACCCCUCCCCCUUGUUAUGGAUCAAAUCAUUUUUGUACAGUUUUGUUGUUGUUAUGCUGUUUUGUUUUUCUGUUUUUAAAUACUUCCCCCACCCCUUCUGUUAUCCCUACCACUGCCUAUUUCUGGCUGUCUUAAGGAAAAAAAGAAAAAAAGUUUCAAAAAAUGUUUUCUCCUGCUGCAGUAAAUACUUUGCAUGAUGAAUUCCAAGGUCACACUUUCAAAGUUUAUCAGUGAAGUAGUGAUUAAUAAUGGAGAGUGUCAAAAUUAUUGAACUUUUGUAUAAAAAAAAAAAUACUUUACAAGGUGCCAAGAUGUAAAGACAAUUUGUUA